UGCAUGGAAGGACGAUGGAACGACUGUCUUUUCUGGAGGAUGCGACAAGCAGGUCAAAAUGUGGCCUCUUUUGUCUGGUGGGCAACCGGUGCCUGUUGCCAUGCAUGAUGGUCCUAUUAAAGAGAUUGCCUGGAUCCCAGAGAUGAAUCUUUUAGCCACAGGAAGUUGGGACAAGACCCUGAAGUAUUGGGAUGCUAGGCAGUCAAAUCCUGUGCAUACUCAACAACUUCCUGAUCGCUGCUAUGCAAUGACUGUAAAAUAUCCGCUGAUGGUUGUGGGAACUGCAGAUAGAAAUCUGGUGGUAUUCAAUUUGCAGAAUCCUCAGACUGAGUACAAAAGAAUCCAAUCACCUUUGAGGUAUCAGACAAGAUGUGUUGCUGCUUUUCCGGAUCAGCAAGGUUUUUUGGUUGGCUCAAUAGAGGGAAGGGUUGGAGUACAUCACCUGGAUGAAGCACAACACAACAAGAACUUUACUUUCAAAUGCCACAGAGAGAAUAAUGAGAUAUACUCAGUCAACUCUUUGAAUUUCCAUCCAGUACAUCACACUUUCGCAACUGCUGGAUCUGAUGGUGCUUUUAAUUUUUGGGACAAGGACAGUAAACAGAGACUCAAGGCCAUGCAAAGGUGUAGCCUGCCCAUACCCUGCAGUGCAUUUAAUAAUGAUGGUUCCAUAUUUGCUUAUGCGGUAUGUUAUGAUUGGAGCAAGGGUGCAGAAAAUCACAAUCCAGCGGCAGCAAAGACGCAGAUUUACUUGCACUUACCGCAGGAUGCCGAAGUUAAAGCUAAGCCACGAGCUGGAAAUGCGGGUAGGAAAUGAAGCUUCAUAUUAGAAGGCUUUGAAAGUGGGAUCAACUUUUGGAUGAUUUGUUUUAGUGCAAAAGCUAGAUUUCCCUUCCUCUAAUCCUUUUUACUUUGUGUUUGGUCAUCGAAAGAACGUAGAAUGAACUCAAAAAAAAAAAAAAAAAAAGAACGAAUGUAACUCACACUUUGGGUCCCAGUUUUGGUUAAUUUCUUAGGUCUGUCCAGUUUAGCUACGUGAUGAUUCAUGGAUUUAAUGAUUUGAAGGGCAUGUACAGAAUGAUGCCUAUUUUGUCAGCUAUUCUUGUGAAUGGACGAUUGAUGAAUUUUUGGUUUAUGAA